CCCGCAGGAAGUCAAACGACAGAUGGGAGAACCUGCGCGGGGGAAGAAACUGCUUAGCUUCCCACCCGUGUGAUGGAGUCUUCCCACUUAGAUGUACCGCCUGCAGAAGAAGAGAAAUCGCACGUGUGUGAUACGUGUGGAUACAGAUUCGCACUAGAGAAGCAUCUGCAGACCCACAUGCUCAUUCACACAGGAGAGAAACCCUAUGCAUGUGAUGUUUGCUCACAUGCCAGCACUACUUCUGCUAAUCUCAAGAGUCACAUGCGCACACAUGGAGAGAAACCUCAUGUGUGUGAUAUUUGUUUAUAUUCAUGUUCUGACUUGAGUCGUCUGAAGAAGCACUUUCGAACUCACUCGGGCGAAAAGCCCUAUGCAUGCGACACAUGUGAGUACAAAUGUACAUCAUCCUCUACUCUCCAGAAACACAAACGCAUUCAUACAGGAGAGAAACCCUACGUGUGUGACAUUUGUUCAUAUUUAUGUUCUACAUUACGUUGCUUGAAGAAGCACUUUCGAACUCACUCGGGCGAAAAGCCCUAUGCAUGCGACACAUGUGAGUACAAAUGUACAUCACCCUCUCUUCUCCAGAGACACAAGCGAACUCACACAGGAGAGAAACCAUACACGUGUGAUAUGUGUGACUACAGAUGCUCUGAAGUGGCUAAACUCAAGCGACACAAACGCACCCAUACAGGAGAGAAACCCUACGUGUGUGACAUUUGUUUAUAUUCAUGUUCUCGCUUAAGUGAUCUGAAGGUGCACUUUCGAACUCACUCAGGUGAAAAAUCCUAUGCAUGUGACACAUGUGAGUACAAAUGUACAUCAUCCUCUACUCUCCAGAAACACAAGCUCACUCACAUAGGAGAGAAACCAUACACAUGUGAUGUGUGUGACUAUAGCUGCUCUCGAAUGGCUACACUCGAGCAACACAAACGCAUUCAUACAGGAGAGAAACCCUACGUGUGUGACAUUUGUUCAUAUUCAUGUUCUACAUUACGUUGCUUGAAGAUGCACUUUCGAAAUCACCCAGGAGAGAAACCCUAUGCAUGCGACACAUGUGACUACAGGUGCACUCAACUAGACCGUCUUAAGUCACACAAGCGCACUCACACAGGAGAGAAACCCUACGUGUGUGACAUUUGUUCAUAUUCAUAUUCUCACUUGAGUGGUCUGAAGGAGCACUUUCGAACUCACUCGGGUGAAAAGCCCUAUGCAUGUGACAAAUGCGAGUACAAAAGUAUUUCAUCCAAUUCUCUUAAGCAACACAAGGGCAUUCAUACAGGAGAGAAACGCUAUGCAUGUGAUACGUGUGACUACAGGUGCACUCAACUAACCCAUCUUAAGAAUCACAAGCGAACUCACACGGGAGAGAAACCCUAUGCGUGUGAUACGUGUGAUUAUAGAUGCUCUAAUAUGACUCACCUCAAGACACACAAGCGCAUUCACACAGGCGAAAAGCCUUAUGCAUGUGACACAUGUGACUACAGGUGCGCUCACCUAUCCAGUUUUAAUACACACAUGCGCUCUCACACGGGAGAGAAACCCUAUACAUGUGACAAAUGCGAGUACAAAUGUACGACAUCCUAUGCUCUCCAGGCACACAAGCGAACUCACACAGGAGAGAAACCCUACAAGUGUGACACAUGUGACUACAGGUGCACUCAGCUAUCCAAUCUUAAGAAACACAAGCGAACUCACACAGGAGAGAAACCCUACAAGUGUGACACAUGUGACUACAGGUGCACUCAUCUAUCCAAUCUUAAGAAACACAAGCGAACUCACACAGGAGAGAAACCCUACAAGUGUGACACAUGUGACUACAGGUGCACUCAUCUAUCCAAUCUUAAGAAACACAAGCGAACUCACACAGGAGAGAAACCCUACAAGUGUGACACAUGUGACUACAGGUGCACUCAUCUAUCCAAUCUUAAGAAACACAAGCGAACUCACACAGGAGAGAAACCCUAUGCGUGUGAUACGUGUGACUAUAGCUGCUCUCGAAUGGCUGACCUCAAGACACACAAGCGCAUUCACACAGGUGAAAAGCCUUAUGCAUGUGACACAUGUGACUACAGGUGCGCUCAACUAUCCAGUCUUAAGACACACAUGCGAACUCACACAGGAGAGAAACCCUACCAACUAUGUCAGACUCUAAAAGAAGAGGCCAACGUGGUGCUAAAGGCGGGAACAUCAGCACUAGGUCACUUGUAA